AGAAAACGAAAUCGAAAGUGGAAAUGUUGUAUUGUUUUCCCACAUCAUGAUUCUACUGUGCGUUAUACCGAGUUAACCAGCAGCUAACACAUUUGUGUUUGAAACACUGGUACAAAUGUGCGUGAGAACUCCGGACUGUGAUAAGGAGUGAAAUUCACGGAGAAAAGACACACUCUGACAUUCUCUCAUGUUGAAGUGAUGGACCUGCUCCUUAGCAAAUGCGUUAUCCUGAAGAACCUCUCAGUAACCGCUAGUGAAGAAGAUGUUAGAAAGUGCCUUAAACUUCAAAAUUUAAGUGACGCAUUCCAUGACAUAGAGCGUUAUGCAGUGAAUGACACAGAUGUUAGAUGGAUAAUUUUAUUUAAUACUGCUGAAGAUGCGAUGAAGUGUUUGCACACCAAGGAAUGGGCUUACCAGAAUGAAGAAAUCCGUGCCUUAAUCAAACCCGAGAUAUGUAUAGAGAACCUGAUUCCAGUCAGAUGGUUGGAGCAGAUGCAAGAAUCAGUGACAGGCGAAAAUGCCAAUGCAGAGUUGGAAUAUGUCCCAACACAAUCAUUUGCUCUGAGCGUUCUUAUGACGUCUGAUUCAGAUAAAUAUUCCGACGUCGACAUUGUCGAAUCGGGUUCAGAAUCAAUGAUCAGUAAAAAAGUUACCGUUACUGGUUUUCAAGUAGGUACGGCAAACGAAGAAAUGAAAUCGUUUUUCGAGAGUAUAUCCAGCUCAGGUGGUGGCAAUAUUGUUGCGUUUGAUCUCAACCAAUACCAAAAUGUGGUCACUAUUGAAUUCGAACAUCACAAUGAUGUGAAUGAGGUCCUGCAGAAAGCAAAUAAAGAGGGUGGCAUCCUCUACAAUCGUAUGAUGUUGAAAGCAUCACCAUUUAUUGAGUCCGUAAUAGAUACGUCUAAGGUGUUGGUGAGCGGCAUAUCUGAACAAACUAGCGAUGAAUUAGCCGCUCUCUUUAUGGAAGCAAAAUGGCAUAUUAAGCCGAAGAAAAUAGUCCGAGGAAUACUGCCUGGAACAGCACUUGUUGAAUUCAGCUCACAUCCAGACAUCACUAAAUUGAAGUCUAUAUGUAAGGAUUAUGCAUGUGCUGAUGCGUUAUGGAACGUAAGCGUGGUCGAGAUGUCGUCAAAGGUGUUGGUAACAGGCUGCUCUUCUACGACAACAGUAGAGCUUCUGGACCUUUAUUUUGAGAAUAACAAACGGAGCGGCGGCGGCGAUGUACUAUACGUUGAACCUCAUCAUGAUUGUUCAAACGAAUUCGUGAUUACAUUCCAAAGUAAAUCAGAUGCGGAAAGCGUGGUCAAGGAAGACAGGGCCCAUGUACUUGACAACUGUAAACUUACCGUGUCUGUGUACUACCCUUGUUUGGACCGCGACCUUUCAGAGCAAAUUACCAUCCCAGAACCGGUGCUUAUUGACGAUCUUGACCAAUAUCGAGCAAAGUUUUUGUUUGAGUCAGACCAAAAUAAAGCGAAGAUUGAGGCUUCAUUGAAAGAUGUGUUUGGGCGACCAGUUUGGAUUGUAGAUAACAACAGCAGUAAAAUAUUAAAAAUCGAGUGCAUUGUCGAUCCGAAGGAUUCUGUAUCACGGCGCUUUAUUAUCGAUUGGAAAGAAAGAGUUCGUAAAUGCAUUUCUUGGAUAAACGACGAAAUAAAAGUAGACGAUUCAAAUGUGGUUGCAUCUGAGCUGUUUGAACAGAUGAAGAUCAAGCUACAACGCAUGACGAUUCGACGGCCAGAGGAUUUGGCUAUUGUGCUUGACAGAAAAUCGUCGGGUAUCGUCAUUGUUGGAGAAGCCAAAGUAGUGGAUCAGCUCUCAUGGGACAUUGCAAAACUUAUAACAGAAUUGGAGGAUGAGCUGGAAAAAAAUAACUCUAAUACUGAAGCGUGUGAAAUAAUUGAAAUCGAACCCGGUAGAUUUCAAUUCAUUUACACGCAUAAGAAAAAUGAACUCCGACGUUUCGAAGAACAGUAUCAACGACUCGACGUCGUUUGUACGUGCAUCGACGAACCAAUUAAGAAAGGAUUUAUGUUUCAAGGACCACAAUCAGCUGUGAAGUCUAUGAUAACGAAAAUGCAAACAUUUAUUGAUAAUAUUGUAUGUAAAUAUAUUGUGGUUACCUCUCCGGGGUUCCAUGAGUUCAUCUUGAGAAAGUCUGGGAAACGAGCCCUGAAGGAAAUUGAAGAUAAAAGACAGUGUGUAUUAAGGUAUGGACUUAAUAAUGCGGAAAACGAAACGCCACAUAUUUGUUAUGAUUUAGCAAAUGGUCAUAGAUAUUCCAUUGGAUCUUGCAAAGUGAUGGUUAUCUUAAAAGAUAUUACGGGGAUAAAGGCAGAUGCAAUUAUAAACCCAUGUUUCGGUGAUCUGUCAAACCCGUUAGGCCUCGGAGCCUUGUUAGUUGAAAAAGGUGGGCUAAGAAUUCAACAGGAACUCGACGCACACAACGAGAAAAACAAGGUAAUGAUUGGAGGUGUUUAUGUGACACAGGCUGGAAAUCUUCCAUACAAAGCUAUUAUACACGUUGUUGUACCUACCUGGUCAGAUAAAUCUUCAAACGAAAAGCGGUUACUCGGCAGUACCAUAUUCAAUGCCAUUGAACAUGCUGAUAAAAUGGGAUUCAAGCAUAUAGUUACUCCGCCCAUAGGGACAGGUAUUCCAGGCUUUCCUCCGGAAAUGGUCGCCGACAAAAUGCUCGACACAUUAGCUAACUAUUUCCAAAGUGGACAGAAACGUGUCACUGAGAAUAUCAUCAUCUGCGAUAUUAAAGAAGAAAGCAUUGACGCCUUCUUAAGCACUUUAGAAUCAGGCGAUGAAGUUCGUUUGCGGGAACAACGACAAGAAGAACAACCGAGGUCAGGUUCAUUCGAAUCAAAGGUGUAUCUUGUAAAAGGAACACUGGCGAGUACAAAGGCUGAUGUACUCGUAAACUCCUCUAAUCAGGAUCUUGAUCUGCGACUUGGAACUAUAUCAAAACAACUUGUAGCCGCGGCAGGUGAAGAGUUGAUCAAAGAAUGCAGCCGACGUUACCCAAAUGGUAUUUCGUUAGGAAAAGUUGCUGUCACUUCAGCAGGACAACUGAAAACGAGUCAAAGAAUUUUUCACGGCCUGUUGCCGCCGUGGGACUCUGGAAAAGGUCAUUCAGACACUGUGCUGUUUCAAUUUGUAUCGAAGUGUCUCCAGAAGGCAGCCGGCAAUAAGUUUCGUUCUAUUUCAUUCCCGGCGCUUGGAACUGGUGCGCUCAGUUACCCAAGCGACCAAGUUGCAGACAUAAUGUUUGAUGCCGUGGAACGAUUUUUCAAGGACACUCCGAAAAACAGCCUUGAGUCAAUUUAUUUCGUUCUAUGGUCAGGAGACGCUGUUGCCAUUUCUGCAUUUGAAGAAGUUGAAAAAAGCAAGAAGACGAAAAUUGAAAAAAGAAGAAUAGAACCUAGCAAGUAUAUACCUGAUGUCGGUGAGGAGAAUGACGUUGCGGAAGUUAAGAAGCAAGAUACGAGGCAAACAGUGACGACAAUCUACAUAUAUGCCUAUUCCGAACAUACUGCACAACAAGCUGCGGGAGACGUUUUGGAUCUGUAUGAUUCUCAAAUAGUUGGAAUCCCAAAGUCAUAUAUGAAAAUUAUUUCUGUGAAACAUUUGACAGAUUUGAAACAGAGAGCCGAUAAGCUGGGCGUCACGCUCGUUGAUAAGCCUGAUGGUAUUGUGAUUCAAGGACUAAAAUGUAACAUUCAAGAGAUGAAGGACAUUGUUGAUAGAUGUCGUGAAAGUAUUAAUCGCACGAUACAAACACAUGCAGACAGGAAAUUAAUUCCUCUUCCUCCAAGUUGGAAAAUGACGAUGGGUGACACAACGAAAGUUGUUCAGCUAAACCCUUCAGACCAAGAGUAUACGAUAUUGGCGAAGAGAUUUUGUUCCGAAACUCUCGUUCCGAUACAAAACAUAGUUUCGAUUGAACGAAUCCAAAACCCAACAUUAUAUAUGCAAAACUAUGGAAAAAAGAAGGAAAUGGAGACUGCCAACAUAGGAUCGCACAAUCCUAUCGAGAGACGAUUGUGGCUUGGCACACGAUCAGCCGAUGUUACUCAGAAUAUUUAUCAGAAAGGUUUCGAUCGCAAGUUAAAGAGUGGAACAACACUAGGUUCCGGAGUUAUGUUUGCAGUCAAUGCGAGAACAGCAUUAGGCUAUUGUCAAGCAGAUGCUACUGGCUCCAGGCGCAUGUACUACGUGGACGUACUGACAGGGGAUAGCUGUGCUGGAAGUGGCUUAUUUACAAAGCCACCGUCUCGAAAUGAUCCUAAGAAUCCUAUGCGGUGCUUUGAUUCGACAACUCUUUAUUAUUUUCCACGAUGCCCAAGCUUACCCUUCGUUUUUGAUAACGUUUCGUUGACGUUUUGAGUUCACUUGGAAUCCGGUAUCAACUUUCUCACGUAUUAAAACACAUUUUUAUGUAUUGUUCUCGUGAUCUUCUAUAUAUUGAUUUACGAAUAUGACGCCAUACGAGACUUUUCAUACUUUUCAUAGUGCGUUUAUGUAGAUUAUGUAAAUGGUUGCGUGUGACAAUGGAUCACAAUGGUCCUGUCCUUAAUAAUAUGCUUUUUAAUGUUUUUGUUUAAGUUUAUAUGUUUGGCAGCCAUAAUCCUGAUAAAUGUCUGUGAUUACAUAUGUUAAAUAUACAAGUCAGUUUGUUAUGCACGAUUACCAACACAACUCUAUUGUUCGUUGAUUAUAGACUUGCACACGUUCACAAUAAGUUGUUUUACUGUAAAAUAUAUUACUUUAUUAUCUUUACCAAAAAUUGCAUUGUAUUUCGAUUUGUUAUGCUUUUUGACUGUUUGUGUGAGCUUGUGUAAAUAUGUUGAACAGUACACAUGUUGUUGUAUUUUCUUUUUUCGGUUAUAUACUCUCUAUGUGCUGUGCUUGUCAGUGCUAGUAUUUUGCAGAUUUUAAAUUGUUUCGAACAUUUACAUAGAUGUGUUUAUAUUUGUUGAGUUAUCAUGUUCAUGCUAUUUGAAAUAUUGUAAAUACUGCACCAAGAAGUAAAUGAUUGAUGCAUUAAAGCUGCAAUUUAAAUGUACUAAUGUAAAUAAACAUUCAUUUUAGUUAAAUUUAUUGUAAAAAUGGAACACGUUUUCUGGGGUGUACGUUAAUGUUGUUUCUAAGAACAUUAUGUAAUGUCCUCUUUAUUAUGCCCCCCUUCGAAGAAGAGGGGGUAUAUUGCUUUGCACAUGUCGGUCGGUCUGUCGGUCCGUCCACCAGGUGGUUUCCGGAUGAUAACUAAAGAACGCUUGGACCUAGGAUCAUGAAACUUCAUAGGUACAUUGAUCAUGACUCGCAGAUGACCCCUAUUGAUUUUGAGGUCACUAGGUCAAAGGUCAAUUUCACGGUGACCCGAAAUAGUAAAAUGGUUUCCGGAUGAUAACUGAAGAACGCUUAGGCCUAGGAUCAUGAAACUUGAUAGGUAGAUUAAUCAUGACUCGCAGUUGACCCCUAUUGAUUUUUAGGUCACUAGGUCAAAGGUCAAGGUCACGGUGACCCGAAAUAGUAAAAUGGUUUCCGGAUGAUAACUCAAGAACGCUUAGGCCUAGGAUCAUGAAACUUGAUAGGUAGAUUAAUCAUGACUCGCAGUUGACCCCUGUUGAUUUUCAAGUCACUACGUCAAAGGUCAAGGUCACAGUGACCUGAAAUAGUAAAAUGGUUUCCCGAUGAUAACUCAAGAACGCUUAUGCCUAGGAUCAUGACACUUAGUAGGUAGAUUGAUAAUGGCUGACAGAUGACCCCUUUUAAUUUUCAGGUCACUAGGUCAAAGGUCAAGGUCACGGUGACCCGAAAUAGUAAAAUGGUUUCCAGAUGAUUACUCCAGAACGCUUAUACCUAGGAUCAUGAAACUUGACAGGUAGAUUGAUCAUGACUCGCAGUUGACCCCUAUUGAUUUUCAGAUCACUAUAUCAAAGGUCAAGGUCACGGUGACCUGAAAUAGUAAAAUGGUUUCCGGAUGAUAACUCAAGAACGCUUAGGCCUAGGAUCAUGAAACUUGAUAGGUAGAUUGAUCAUGACUCGCAGAUUACCCCUAUUGAUUUUCAGGUCACAAGGUCAAAGUUCAAGGUCACAGUGACCCGAAAUAGUAAAAUGGUUUCCGGAUGAUAACUAAAGAACGCUUAUGCCUAGGAUCAUGACUCUUAGUAGGUAGAUGAUAAUGGCUGGCAGAUGACCCCUAUUGAUUUUCAGGUCACUAGGUCGAAGGUCAAGGUCACGGUGACCCGAAAUAGUAAAAUGGUUUCCCGAUGAUAACUCAUGAACGCUUAUGCCUAGGAUCAUGAAACUUCAUAGGUACAUUGAUAAUGACUUGUAGAUGACCCCUAUUGAUUUCAGGUCACUAGGUCAAAGGUCAAGGUCACGGUGACCCGAAAUAGUAAAAUGGUUUCCGGAUGAUAACUCAAGAACGCUUAUGCCUAGGAUCAUGAAACUUGAUAGGUAGAUUGAUCAUGAUUCGCAGUUGACCCCUAUUGAUUUUCAGGUCACUAUAUCAAAGUUUAAGGUCACGGUGACCUGAAAUAGUAAAAUGGUUUCCGGAUGAUAACUCAAGAACGCUAAUGGCUACGAUCAUGAAACUUCAUAGGUACAUUGAUCAUGACUUGCAGAUGACCCCUAUUGAUUUUCAGGUCACUAGGUCAAAGGUCAAGGUCACAGUGACAAAAAACAUAUUCACACAAUGGCUAUCACUACAACGGAGAGCCCAUAUGGGGGGCAUGCAUGUUUUACAAACAGCCCUUGUUUUGCUUUAGCUAAUCAAAGAACAAUAUGCUUAUGACAAACAUGUGUGAUUACCUAUUGUUCGUUGUGCUGUGUGAGUCGUCCUUCGUCAACAUAAAUAUUGUGAACAUUCUAGGGAUAUUCCCGAGUUGUGUUUCCGUAAAAUAAGCCAUCGACAUCGCAGAAUCAUAAACAAUUAAAAGCUCGUGGAGCGAAGUUAUUUGAGCUUUUUCAAGCAAUGGAAAUAAAUCUUGAAAAUAUAAUCACCAUACAGUGCCUAAGACAUAAUACCGAGUUCAAAAAUGGUCUCGAUCAAUUAAUAUGGCUAUAGCAAAAACGAUUUUACUGAACAUUUUAGUCCGUCAGCAUAAACCUUGGCCAUUAUCGUUUGUUAUUAGGUUUAAUGGAAUGAUUAAAUCAUUGAAAACAAACAUGAACGCAAGGGCCCCAUCAGGUUGUCUAAAGUAAAGCCUUUAGAACACUACCUGCUUAGAACAGUUUUGGUCCUUCCUUACUCAGGUGAGCGCAUAAGAACAUUUUGCCUUCUCGUAUUGUAUGGCCCUCUAAUACAUUAUCAGGAAAUUUAAAAUAUUCAAAAUACUUACAUGUUAAUGAAAUAAUUAGACUCUUUCAUCAGAAGUUUAACACCUCGCUCUUUGUUUUAUAUAAUUUAUGUCAAUGUUUGUGAAUACCUACACUCGAAAAAGACCAAUAUUUAUAAUUCCUUUCGAUCACAAGUACCUCAUAAUGUUUAACCUUUAUAUUCGUUCGCUGUCGACAUCAGUUUAACAUGAAUAUGUUGACCUACUGAUGUAUGUGAUAGCUACUUUGCAAAUAGUGCCUUUGCUAAAGUUCUCUUAGCCUGACUGUCAUUGUGUGUAAUUUAUAGCUGCUUUCUUAUCGGAUUUUACUGUUGUUCAAUACUAUGAAAUUCAUUGGUAUGUUCAGAGCGACAAUUUACUUUCUUAAAAAAAUAUUUAUUAGAUCAUUUUAUGUUAAUGGCCUUUUUGUUGAUGUAUUAAUGUUUUUUUUAUUUAAGUUACAAUUUUACAAUUUCAGUAUUUUUAUAUCAAUAUAUUUCAAUUGUUUCAAUAGCAUUGUAAUUGUAAUUCAUUUAAACGUUUGUAUUCUUUUUCAGGUACUGUUUUAAAUUUUCCUUACUAUUCUUUUAAAUUGUAUACCAAUCGCCAAAUGGUAUUUGAAGUCUUGAGCAAUGAUGGCCUUUGUUAAGUUAUUCAUUUUUAUGUCCCCCACCACUAUAGUGGGGGACAUAUUGUUUUUGCCCUGUCUGUUGGUUGGUUGGUUGGUCUGUUGGUCUGUUGGUUGGUUUGCGCCAACUUUAACAUGUGCAAUGACUUUUGCAAUAUUAAAGAUAGCAACUUGAUAUUUGGCAUGCAUAUGUAUCUCAUGGAGCUGCACAUUUUGAGUGGUGAAAGGUCAAGGUCAUCCUUCAAGGUCAAAGGUCAUAUAUAGAGCUUCGAAGCAGCGCAAAAGGGGACAUAGUGUUUCUGACAAACACAUAUCUUGUUUGGAUUUGUUUUCAUUUUCGGCGUUCAAAUACUGUUGAGAAAAAAACACUAGGGUUGUUACCAUUCUUCCGAUGCAGUUAUCAGUUGAUUGGUAUUGUCACUAAAUGAUUACCGAUCAUAAACCAGCAAAUGUGAAUUCCUUUCUUUACAUUUGGAAAAUGGCUCUUGUAACGUUAUUUUAUCAGAAUACAGUUACGACAGGGCGUUAACUGUACUUUACUCUUCUUGUUACGACUUCGAUUUCUUGUAUGUUUACCUCUUAUUAAUUUCCAGCAUUAUACCACCUAUGCUAUAUAUGACUUGAAUAAAGAUUCUUCUUUUAAA